AUUUGUUGAUUUAUUCCUGCUUAUAGGAGCGUCGCCGCGGAGAGUGACGAGCCAAUUGGGCGCACGUCGGCGAGGCUGACGCAGUGUUAAGUGGCGUCCCUGAAUAUUUGAAAAAAUAAAAUAAAAAUAAUUAAAGCAGUCUUCCUGCCCCGGGGGGAAGAAAUGGCGUACCACGGGCCAUCCUACGGACUCAGCCGUGAGUGCCAGAUGAAGGCGCAGGCCAAGUUCCAGCUGGACAGGGCCAUCGAGGCCCUGGACUGGGUCGAGGCCGUGCUAGGGCGCCAGCUGGCGGCGGAAAAUGGCGGCGAGCCAGUGAGACCCAUCCGAGACCAACUCGACUUCGCCGCCCCGCUCAAAGAUGGCACUGCUUUGUGCGACCUGAUCAACAAAUUGCAUCCGGGUGCCGUGAAGAAGGUGAACCGGAACAAGACGCCUUUCAUGAUGCGCGAAAACCUGGAGAUGUUUUUGAAGGGCUGCGUGGCCUAUGGACUGAAGAACCAGGACCUGUUCCAGGUCAACGAUCUCUAUGAGCACAGAAACUUGUACAUGGUUGUGGACUGCAUUUUUGCCCUGGGAGGUUUGGCGCAAAAAUUUGGCUUUGAUGGCCCCGUGAUUGGGGUGAAGGUGUCGGAUGAGAACCGUCGGAAUUUCACGCGUGAACAACUCGCCGCCAGCAGCAAAAUCAUCGGGCUCCAAUAUGGCAGCAAUUCUGGCGCCAGUCAGCGCGGAAUGACCGCCUACGGCACCACUCGCCAAAUCCUGCCCGAUGGCAAGUCAUCAACAUAA